AAAGUGAAUCCUCUUUGGCCUCACCUUAGGGAAGACCAAACAGCAACAAGUACACUUGCAACGUUAUUCAACAAAGGAAUGGAAUAAAAUAGCACUGAACUUUAAAGUUAAACAAAAGUCAGAUCGUGAGUCACCCCCCAAUCCUACGAUACUCUUUCAGCCUUUUUUUGAGGCUUUCUCAUUCUAUGUUGCAUAUUUGAGCAUACGAGAAUUCUGGGUCACUCUUGGAUUUGACUGUAGAGAAUGUUUCCAAUGAGGUUCUGGGUGGCUGUGAUAUUGGUUGUGUUGGGAACUUUAGGAGGUCCUUUGCAUGGUGUGGAAGGCAAGCCCCGUCGGAUUCUUUUGGAUACAGAUGUUGAUACUGAUGAUUUAUUUGCUCUCCUUUACCUUUUGAAGCUCAACAGAUCAGAAUUUCAAUUGGAGGGAGUCACAGUCAAUGCAAAUGGCUGGACUAAUGCUGGGCAUUCUGUGAAUCAAGUUUAUGACUUACUUUACAUGAUGGGGAGGGAUGACAUAGCGGUGGGAAUGGGAGGAGAGGGUGGAAUACUCCCAAACGGUACCAUACUCCCAAAUGUUGGUGGAUAUCUUUCAAUUAUAGAACAGGGAAUGACAACAUCAGGAGGUUGCAGAUACAGGCAGGCCAUUCCUGUUGGUCUUGGAGGGCGCUUGGAUAUUGAUACUAACUUUGGCAUCAGGAAAUCUUUCCUUCCACAGGGGAGAAGGAAAUAUACUCCCCUACGACAACCAAGCGCUCAGCAAGUGCUGAUUGAAAAAAUAUCUGCAGGUCCCAUAACUUUGAUUGUGAUAGGAGUGCAUACAAACAUAGGUAUUUUCUUUAUGAACAAUCCACAUUUAAGGAAAAAUGUGGAGCAUAUUUACAUCAUGGGUGGUGGAGUAAGGUCAAGAAACCCAAAUGGUUGUUGCUCCCAAAGUUCUUCCUCUUCCUGCAUAGCUACGCAGUGUGGUGAUCAUGGCAAUUUAUACACAGGUUAUGAAUCUAACCCUUAUGCUGAGUUCAAUAUGUUUGGAGACCCUUUUGCAGCAUACCAGGUGAUACAUUCUGGUAUACCUGUUACCCUUGUUCCUCUUGAUGCAACAAACACAAUCCCCAUCACUGAAGAAUUUUUUGAUGAAUUUGAAAAGAGUCAAGACACAUAUGAAGCACAAUAUUGUUUCAAGUCCUUGAAAAUGGCUCGUGAUACUUGGUUCAAUGACCAAUUCUAUACGAGUUAUUUUAUGUGGGACUCUUUCACAUCUGGUGUAGCAAUCUCAAGCAUGAGAAAUUCCAAUAAAAAUCAAGUGGAAAAUGAAUUUGCUGAUAUGGAAUAUAUAAACAUAACUGUAAUUACUUCAAACAAACCUUAUGGUAUAUCUGAUGGCUCUAACCCAUUAUUUGAUGGCCUUAAAGUUCCUAAAUUUAAUCUAAAGAGAGGUGGGGUGCAUAGUGGUCAUGUUCAACAAGGGAUUAGAGAUCAGUUUUGCUUUGUGAAGAAUGGAAAAGGGAGAUGUCAGGACGGUUAUACUUUGGAGGUGAAUGGUUCAGACUCAGUGAAGGUACUUGUCGCCACUAAAGCAAAGCCUAACCAAGAUGUUGAGAGUCCACUUGACAGAGAAUAUUUCAAAAGCUUCUUGAAAGUUCUAAAGCAACAGCAAUAUUCUGGGAGGUUCAACUUCACUACACAAUUUCCUUACUACGAAGAAGUAACUUACAGGCCAGAUUUUCUAAACAAACAACUAGGGAAACCUGUUGUGUUUGACAUGGACAUGAGUGCAGGAGAUUUUCUUGCUCUAUUUUACCUCCUUAAAGUUCCUGUUGAAGUGAUAAACCUUAAGGCAAUAAUUGUGAGCCCAAGUGGGUGGGCAAAUGCUGCAACAAUAGAUGUGGUCUAUGACUUACUGCACAUGAUGGGUCGUGACGAUAUCCCAGUUGGUCUUGGUGACGUUUUUGCUAUGAAUCAGAUUGGAGACUGCAAGUAUGUUAAAGCCAUUCCCCACGGAAAUGGUGGGCUUUUGGACUCUGACACUCUUUAUGGACUUGCUCGUGAUUUACCACGUAGCCCCAGAAGAUAUACAUCUGAAAACUCUGUGAAGUUUGGGGCUCCUCGGAAUACUGAUCACCCUGAACAAAGACAACCACUAGCUAUGGAAAUUUGGGAAUCUAUAUUGCAAACAUCGGAACCAGGGUCUAAAAUUACUGUAUUAACCAAUGGACCCUUGACUAAUUUGGCAAAGGUUGUAUCAUUGGAAAACAUUAGCUCAAUAAUUCGGGAGGUUUAUGUUGUGGGGGGACACAUCAGCAAGAAUGCAUGUGACAAAGGAAAUAUCUUUUCUGUUCCUUCCAACCAAUAUGCAGAAUUUAAUAUGUUCCUGGAUCCUGUAGCAACCAAGACACUAUUUCAAUCAGAAGUUAACAUCACACUCAUUCCACUCAGUGUCCAGCACAAAGCAAGUUCCUUUUCACGUAUGUUAAACUGGUUGCAUAGGAUAGAAAAAACACCUGAAGCUGUGUUUUCCAAGCGUUUAUUGAUAAGGCUAUAUCGUUUGAAGCAAAUCCACCACAGAUAUCAUCAUAUGGAUACAUUCUUAGGGGAAAUUCUAGGUGCUGUUGUCCUAGACAAUAUCUCUUCAAGCCUAAAUGCAAAAUUUGAGGUCAAACCCAUUAAAGUCUUGGCCCAUGGGGAUGUGUCCACCGAUGGAAAAAUGGUGGUGGAUAGGGAAAAUGGAAAAUUAGUCAGAAUUUUAAGCGAUGUGAAUGCCAAGGCUUAUCAUGAGAUGUAUGCAGACAGGCUUGGUGACUGGAACCAAUCGGCUAAGGUCGGAAGCUUUGAAGAACAGAGAAGGAAAUGGAGUCAUCCACUGGAUAAAAGCUAGAGGGCACUUGUUCGUGACUCUGUCCAAAGUAGCACAUCUUUGCUUAUUUUAUGCACUCUAGUUUUUAUUGUGUGGUUGAUAUUCUUCGAGUUUUAAUAUAGACUCUCAAGUUUAAUGUAGGAAAAGAAUAAAUACUUAAAAACAUCUUAGGAUAGCAUGAAGACUUAAAAAGCAGAAUACAAGAAACUGACCUAUAUUGAAACCCUUUUGGUUCUCAUCUUCUGGUAAUUACCAUUUAUAUUCCAACAUGAUAAUUGUACUAAAGUACCAAAGUUGAUGAAACAAUGUACUGCCAUAGAUCAUAAAUUUGAUCAUUUUUAUGUCAACCGUGAAAAGAAAGCAUCAACUUUUAAAUAUAAUAUUCAGGUUUAAAGCCUCAGUCG